GUCUUGUCGAACGGUAUCAAUCCACUGGACUGAUUGAGCUGCCAUUGCUGCCAUUGUAACGUCGACAGUGAGCUCAUCGCUCCGGAGUGGCAAGAUCUCUGUUUUUGACAAGUGGCGACCUCGUUCUAACAACUUUCCGUACGUUGCAUUCGACUUGGAACGUCCAAGUCCCUGAACACGCACACAUCCACACGAACAACCUCACGCACAGUAUGGUCACUCUGACUCCUCGUUCCGCCAUGCCCCUCUCACGGGCACUCCUGAAUCCUAUGCUUCGUGGUCCGGCCUACGGCACUCCGCUCAGUCGACCUGGACCGAGCGCGUUUAGACGAAGUCACACGUCAACACCUAUGAAUCGGACCAGCGCAGCGACGACCACUGCCACCACCUCCACCUCCUCCUCCUCUGUAUUGUCUGCCGCACAUGGACAUACCAUCCCCUCUAUCCAAGUCUUUUCCACUCCCGCUCUUCUCCGAUCUUACUUUGUCUACUCGCUCUGCUCUUUCCCCUUCAUUAUCGAUAAUGCUCCUCGCAUCUUAUCCAUCUUGUCCAAAGCGCCUAUGCCAGGACUCAAAGCAUUGACAGAAUGGGGAAUACGACACACCUUUUUCGCUCAGUUCGUUCCUGGAGAAACGGUAGAGGAAUGCACUCGAGCCAUGAAGACAUUGAGAGAAAGAGGUGUAGGAGCCGUACUGAAUUAUUCGGCGGAAGUCGAGGAGGACGUUGCGGCUGCGAGCGCUGUCCCUCUUUCUCCGAAAGCUGUGGCAGGUGGACCAGGAGGUACCGAUGGAUCCGUGGGACCUGCAUCGACGAUCCCCUCUUCGACUGCAGACAAGGCCAGAGCAUUGGAGAAACAACGUCUUGACGAGGUAUUUAGAGCAUUGAGGGCUUCUGGAAUAUACGAGGACGAUAUCGAGGCGAAAAGUGGAGCUGGGGCCAGAGGAUCAACAGGGUUUGCAUUGAAGAUUACCGGUCUCAUCGACCCUGCUAUCCUUCAAAGGGCAUCCACCACCCUGCUCCGAUUACGAUACUCUGAAUCUUCCAAAGCCACUUCAGCAAAGGACGAGGCUGUACCGUAUCCCGGUACACCAGCUUCUGGAGACGCACGCGUGCUCGCUUCGUUACCGGGAUCAACUGAUCAAUCCAUCUUCAAGCUCGAGGGCGCCGUACCGUCCAUGGGUGUUCUCGCUUCGGAUGAAGGCGUCCGACCGUCUGACUUGGAGGAGAUGCAUUCCAUGUGGGAGAAAUUGUGCAAGAUGGGAGAAGAGGCCAAGGCCAAUGGGGUUCGACUGAUGAUUGACGCCGAACACACAUGGUAUCAGCCCGCACUUGACGCUUACACUCUUCUUUUGUGUGAGAAAUUCAACCGUCCGCCCAAAGAUGGAAAUUGGAGCGGUCCCUUGAUCUACGGAACAUUCCAAUCCUACCUCGUUCGUCAACUUACUCACCUGCCUGCUGCAAUCCAACACGCCAAAGACAAUGGCUAUGCUCUGGGUCUCAAGGUCGUUCGUGGUGCCUACUUUCUGCAAGAGAGGAAGAAGUGGAAGGACGAAGGAAGGGAAGGUGCAGACCCAAUCUGGAAAGAUAAAUCAUCCACUGAUAAAUCGUACAAUUGGGCUGUCACGCAUAUCCUCUCUACCUUGUCUGAACAACUCAAGACGGAUCCAGCAUAUGCUCUCGCCGUGGUGUUCGGAACGCAUAACCCCGAUUCCGUCGACCUCAUCUUCAAAGGACUAAAAGAUAAUGGACUGGCAAAGGAGGUGGAAGGUGGUAAAUUGAGAAUGAGGGAAGAUGUCAAGGGACGAGUGGGUAUCGCCCAGCUAUACGGAAUGAAAGACGAUUUGAUGGACAAGGCUGUAGAAUCCUUUGAACCUAGUAAUCAGCCAAUCGCUUUGAAAUACAUUGCAUAUGGGAAAUUGGACGAGGUCAUUCCGUUCCUUGGUCGAAGGGCGAUCGAGAAUAAGAGUUUGAUGAGUGGUGAAGGGGGAGCAGCGGCUGAAAAGAAAAGAAUAUGGGAAGAGUUGGUCAGGCGGUACUUUGGUCAGGAGCCUGUCGUCUCCGCGACGCAGUGAGCUAGAGACAUCGUAUCGGGCUGGGGCGCAGGCAGGCAGGCAGCCAGGCAGGCAGCGGGGACGAGAGGCGUCAAGUUCUAUCGAAAAACAAAGGGACAUUGGCUGUUUGUGAGAAGGCAUCAUCAUGACUUUAGGCGUUUCUAGCAUUUGUUACCUGGGCUCUCAUGAUUUGCAUGCCAUGGUGUGGUGAUUA